AAAAAAAAAAAAAAAAAAAGUUAGUCAAUUUGCUCGUCAUUCAGUGCUCAAAUUUAAGUCCCGACAGUAAAAUGGCAAAAGUGAAUCCCCUGUCCAACCCCAAAGGAGUGAAACUGCUUUGUGAACUGUGCCAGAAACCUGCUUUUAUCCAGUGUACUAAAUGCACAGUCGCCUACUACUGUGACUUGGACCAUCAGCGCAUGGACUGGGUAGGCAUCCACGAACAGAUCUGCCAGCUGCUGCUCCCAGUGCGAACCCCUCUGCCCUUCAAGAGCCUGUGCAAGGAAAGGGAACACCAGCAGGCACAGCUCCUGCAGAGACAGAAGCACCUGAUCGAGCUGACUCAGACUGCAGCCCGGAAGAAGCUGUGUGAGGGGCGUCACGAGGAGGCGGUCCCAGCUGCCAUGCAGUGUCUGCGCUACUCCAUAGAGGUGCACGGCCUCAGCACCCUCCCGCUCAUACUUCCCUACCUGCUGCUCGCGGAGGCCAGCAUCGGAACGGGGCACCUCCUGCAGGCAGAGGAGUACCUGUCUCAGGCUCAGUGGACUGUGCUAAAGAGGUCGGAGUGCAGCCGCUCCAUUCUCCACAAGCUGCACCGCAACCUGGGCCUGCUGUACACCGCCAAGGGGGAGUUUGAUAAUGCCCUGCAGCACCUGGGAAAUGAUAUUUACUAUGCUAGUGAAGAGUUUGGAACCGACAGCAUUGUGACGUCUGGGGGCUACUUUCACAUGGCCAAUGUCUUCUUCCAGCAGAGCAAAAUGGACGUUGCGGACUCCCUGUACACAAAGGUAACAGAUAUCUGGAGCACUCGCCUGAGCCGGCUGGUGCAGAGUCCCUCUCAGAGUCCCAGCCUGCCUUCAGCUAGCUCUGCCUCCCCUGAUGAAGCUCUGGAUGAGGCUCAGGAAGCUGAGGCCGCCCAGAUGUUGAACGCUAUCUUUGAUAUCCGAGAGCAGGCUCAGAAACAGGACCCUGCUGCCCUGGCCAGUGCCUCCUGUGCCCUCGCCAUGCUCUGCUACCUGCGCAAGGAUCUGGAUAGGUUAUCUGCUGUAUUGCAGGCGCAGGAGCUAGGCAGGAAGGCUCUGAGUGCCAGUCAAUGGGGAGCGGACCCGGGCUUCACUGAAAGCAUUGUGAGGUUCCUACAGCGGAUCAGGGCAGGCGAGAACCUACCUGUGCCCCAGAGAGCCCCAGGGAGCCCCAGAGAGCCCCAGAGAGCCCCAGAAAGCCAGGGUCAGCUCCUCUCUGCCGAGUCAAGACAGGGUCCUGAGCAACACAACCAGGGAUACUCUAGAGCCAAGAUCCACAAUUAAAACAAUAUAAAUAUUUCUAAUGGAGUGUUUUUAAAAAUCUUUGUAAUACUGUAUAAUCAUAGGUUUGAGUUUAAUUAACAGCUUUGAAUGGGGAGGGAUAUUUAUUUUGAUUAGAUACACAAUUUUACAAUUGUACACCAGAUGUUAAAAUAUUACAUCAUUGAAGAAUGUUUUUAAAAUGCAGUUUGAUAUUCAUGAAACUGAUCUACACUGUUGUUAAAGACAUCAAGAACAGUCUCCAACAGCAUUGUAUUUAUUAAACCUUAAAAAAAAAACCUCCUGAGUUUAAGCUUUGUAAAUUGGGCCCUCAGUCCUGAAUCUUUAAUGCUGUCCACAGAAAGUCUCCCCAGAGUCAUCCUCCACUUACCGCUGCAUUGCAUUUCUACAUUAGGGUUGUGCUGCAGCCCUGGCUGUGAAUGUUCUUCAUCUCACAGUGUGGACAGGCCAGAGUCUGUUGUGGCAGCGCCCUUUGAUGUGAUAAAUCAGAAAUCUCAGUGUGAACACGCUGAGAAACGCCUCCCGCUUCAGAAUGAAUGUGCGGUGAGGCGAUGCUCUUCUCCCUGAGGGAUCUCAUGAUAUGAAUGAACACAGGGAGUGUCAGGCUCCAGCAGGCUUUAAUAGACUAGGAUGCUACCCACUGACUGCCUAGCAGCUGUAGGCACGCAGGGGAGAGUCACCUGCAGCUACAACAGCCACAGGGGCAGGCAAGCACCAAAAACAAAUCAAUGCUUUAUCUACAAGGGGUCACACAGGGAUUCAAAAGAGAACAUGUGACUGGGGUAAAAGACAAGGACUGUUAUUUUAAAUACUGACGGCUAUAAAUGUUUUACCUAUGAUUUGAUUUGUAUUGUACAAUCUAUUACCAGUGGCUGCAAGUCAGCCCAAAUUGUGUUCCCUUUAAAACCCUAUGUACUUAACUAACUUAAAUUCUGAAGUUUCACCAAAGAUACCUUUGCUGCUAGGAUAUGAGAGUUGGUGGAGACAGCAUGGAAAUGUCCUUGUUGAUGCUACAAAACCAUCUGGUAAAGUUUAUUUGCAUACAUUUUGUAAUACUUUGUGGGGACGUUGAACUAAACCCUGGACCACUUAUGUCUGAUAUUCAAGCAUGGCUGGUCUUGAAUAACAAUGUAUUAUCGGGUGAGACUCAGCAAGAUGUAAAUUGGUCUACAGUCAAAGGUCUGAAAUUUUUUCAUAUCAACAUUUGUAGAAUGGUAACAAAAAUCGAUCAGCUUAGAAGUUAGACUGAAAUUCAUAAACCUGAUGUGUUAGCUAUCUCUGAAACAUGGUUAUCUACUAAAAUUGACAACGCUCAAAUUGAAAUAGAUAAUUUUAUGAUAUAUCGCAUGGACUGAACAAAGAGGGUGAGGAGGUUGUUUUGUUUAUAUCAAAUAAGUUGCAAUCCUCUGUUUAUAAAACCAAAGCAAAACCUGACCCUCUAGAAGCUGUAUUCGCUAAACUUAAAUUAGGCAGAAAUAAGGAAUUGAUUGUUGGCUGUCUAUACAGAGCCACCUCCUCUGAUCCAUCUACCUUUGAAAACUUGAGUAAGUUUUUGGGAGAGAUGGAAUCAGGUAAGGAAUUGAUUUUAAUGGCUGAUGUAAACCUAAACUGGCAAGAUAGGAGUUCUGAAAAAGCAAAAACCUUGCUGGAUGAUUGGCACUUAUACCAAAUUAUUAAUGAACCUGCUAGGAUAAAUACUCAGUCAGGAAUCACUCUAUUAUAGUCUGGAUUAUGGUCUUGAAAACCCAGGCAGUGACCCAAUGUGGGAUACUAGCAGAUGAGUUUAGCGACCAUUGUCCAGUCUAUUGUAUUUGGAAGGCUAAAACAAAUAAAGGACCAGCCAAAAUGAUAUAGUACAGGUCUUUUCGUAAGUGUGUCCUGAAUGCCUUUGUUAAUGGGAUAGGCAUAAUACAAUUCCAGACUUAAAAUCUGCCUGGUCUUUUUUUUACUCAGAAUUCAUAAUGGUAUGUGAUAAAUAUGCCCAGUUAAAGAAAAUACGAGUUAAAUCACAUCACUUACCUUGGGUAACCCCAGGCCUAAUAGAGCUGUUUCGUACAAGAGAUCAGGCAUGGCAGAGAUCUAGAUUAACUGGAGAUCAUUCUGAUAAAAUAUUAUACAGACAACUGAGAAAUAAAAGUACAGCCUUAACACAAAAAGCAAAAGCUAUUUCCCAUUUUUAAAAGUGGGGAUGUCACAGUCCCUGGUAAUUACAGGCCUAUAUCUGUCUUACCAGUAUUAUCAAAGACUAUUGAAAAAAUUGUGCAAACCCAAUUGACUAAUUAUCUAACAA